AUAUUUCUUCUUCUUCUUCUCGUUCUUGUUUUCGGCCGGAACUGUGAUUGCUGGCGUGCGCAGAGGAAAACCCUCUCUCUCUCUCUGGAGGCUGAAGCAUGGCAGAUCGAAGCAACGGGGAUAUUCCAAUGCUGGAAGCUCCCCCGUCUUACGGUAGGGAAAGAGGUUCGGACGCAGAAAUCAUCGAUGCAUUGCCUUACAUCGACGACGACUACGCUGACCCAAGGGUCAAACUCGAGGUUGACCGUCUCGUCGAGGAUGAGAUGCGCCGCAGCUCUAAGAAACCCGCUGAUUUCCUCAAAGAUUUCCCUCCUCUUCCCAACUCCAAUUUCCAGAAUUACCCAAUGAUUGCCAGAGAGUACGAACGUGUGAGAGCUGGAAGGCCUCCUGUUUCUCUUGAUAGAUCGCGAUAUGAAUUAGAAAUGCCGCCGGCGAAUAAAAGGAAUGAUGAAACUGCUUGGAAGCAAGCUCUUUCCAGAGCUCAACGCCAACUGCAAUACCAGAUGUUGAGGACAGAAAAUUUGGAUUUGCUGUUAAAGCAUGGUCCUGAUGCUUGGAAACUACACAAUCAACGAUUGGAAGUGUACUUAACAAGAAUGCAGAAAUUAGCCCAGGAACAAAAUGAAAAGAUUGAAAAAGUGAAUCGUGAAAGGAAAUACCAUCAGCAAAAUACUGCAUAUGAGCUUAAUGCGUUGUCCAUGCAAUGGAAGGAGCUCUGUCAGAAAACUUCAGACAUCAGAGCUGCGUGUGCCACAGUUGAAAGUCACAUAAAUGAAAUGAAACAAGAAGCGGCGGAAAGAGGCUGGGACUUGGAAGCCGUCCCAGAAAAUGGCCAAUUGGCGAAUUCCGAAUUAUGAGAUUCUGAUGUCUAGUUUUGUAUAAGUAAUGAAUUUGUUCAACUCAAAACUUGACUUCAAUCGCUGUUGUACCUCUCAACGUUUAGUUCAAUGUCAUGAAAAAGAUACCCAUUCGCUCACCC